AUGGAUAAGAAGUCCUCAGAAGAUCUUGGCCAAGCCGAGAUUACCAACCGUGCCCCCUCGAUUGGCAAGGGAUCCAUCAUCGACGCCGACGACAGGCGUCUUCGUGCCCAGGGACACAAAGCCGAACUUGAGAGAUCUUUCUCCUGGCUAGGUGCACUCGCUUUAGCAUACAGUAUCUCCAACUCAUGGCUCACGUAUGCAUCGUCCUUCGGCCUUGUGCUCAUCUAUGGAGGCGGCGUCACUACUUUAUUUGCCCUACUUAUCGCCGCUGUAGCUCAGUGGAUCGUCUUCCUUGGGUUGGCCGAACUAUGCUCUGCGUUUCCAUCAUCUGGCGGACAAUACCACUUUACAUAUAUCAUCGCAUCGCCGAAAACCCGGAAUUUCGGUGCCUAUGUCACGGGGUCCAUUAAUAUCCUUGCGUGGUGGAUCACCACAUGUUCCGGUCUCAUAUAUACAGCCAUCUCUGCCUUUGGUUGUGCUACGGCCUGGUUUCCCGAUUUCGCACAGCAGCGAUAUCAGGUUUAUCUCUGCUACCUGGGCAUCACUGUCCUGUCACUUAUCCCAAUCUAUACGAUCAAGCAGCGAUACCUCGACUUCAUGACCGAAUCGACGACAGGCUUCUCUCUGAUUGGAAUGGUACUUACCAUCUCAGUAUGUUUAGGUAUGGCUGAUGGCGAUUACGCCCCGGGCACAAUUAUUCUCGAGAACCGCGGUAUCAGCGGCUGGAAUGCUGGCACAGGCUGGUUACUUUCCAUUGCUGCUGCGCUAUAUUGCUUCGCUGCCAAUGGUGCUGUUACACAUAUCGCUGAGGAGCUGCCUAACCCUGGCCGCAAGCUUCCUCAAAUUCUGAGUAUGAGUAUGGCCAUGGGUGUCGUCAUCGUUAUCCCGUGGACUGUUGCUAUGCUGUUUUCCAUUAAGGAUAUGCAGGCCGUCCAGAGCUCUUUUCUCCCCAGCUUCGAAGUCUUUUACCAGGCGACUGGAAGCAAGGCUGCCGCAACAGGCCUACAAGCUUACUUGACGUUCCUUUACUAUACGUGUAUUCCAAGCCAGUGGGUGACCUGCAGCCGGAUUACCUGGGCCUUUGCUCGUGAUCAAGGACUUCCCUUCGCUGAAUACUGGCAGCACAUUGACCCCAAGCGCGGCAUCCCUUGGAGAACAACUCUUCUUUCGGCUGCGUUCUGUGCUGUAUAUGGGUUGAUCUACGUCGCAAGCACAACAGCCUUCAACUCAAUUAUCAAUGCAACGUGCUUGAUGCUAAACCUUUCAUAUGUUAUCCCCCAGGGCGUCUUGCUUACGCAAGGCCGCGAUAAGUUGCCAAGGCGUGCAUUCAGCCUUGGUAAACUUGGCUAUGCGGUCAAUCUGUACUCAGUUGUAUUUAUGAUUGUCAUUGGUGUUGUGUUCUGCCUUCCGCAGACUAAUCCGACGACUGCCGGCUCUAUGAACUAUAACGCCCCGGUCAUUGUUGGUCUCUUCACAAUCGUUUGCCUUCUUUGGAUUGAGCGGCGAUCCAAAUUCAAUGGCCCUCACAUUGACUGGGAUUUACUUAACGAAGCUAAUGAGGAGGAAUGA